UUAUCAGCUGAUCCUGCUGGCUGUUGUUGAUGCCUGAAGUUGCUGUUGUCUGGACACUGUGUUGCUCUUAUCUGCUCCUGACAUUGAAGACACAUUAAAGGCACCGUGAACGGGACACGGCGUGGGCAUUUACCGGCAGACGAGUUUAUGAGCGACACGGGACGCGUCUCAUCGCGAGGGCUUGAUAUUUUGCGCACUAGCGGCAAGAAGAGCCGUAGAAGAGCUAGCUCCUAAGCUUGGAACGGAGAAAGAAAAAACGGCAACGGCAGCCGACGACUCUCUGACGUGCUCUCUUUGUUUAUGUCACGGCAGCCUCAGCCGCGACAUUAAUUUUUUCCGUUUGCCUUGAAUUUGGCUUUUUAAUUUUUUUUUCUUCCUGCUUUAUUUAUAUUUACACUUCGUUAGCAGUACGCGAACAGGGCAGCUAGCUCGUCCGCUAACGUUAGCUUAUUCCGCAAAGAAAACAGUGUUGUUGUCAAGACUUGACGCUUUCGUAACCGCCCGACUGUGAGAGAUAAGAAGCACAACGUCGGGUUUGAAGUGAUUGGUCUUUUUAUUUGUAGUUGUCUGCCACAGAAUCAGGUACCCUGUUGGUGCGUUGUGGAAACACGGGACACUUAAAUUGAACAAGUUGGGCAUAUCUGUUGGAUUAGUCCUUCCAUUAAACUGUGUGAAUUCAGGUUGUUGUUGUUGUUUUGUUAGUUUUUUUAUUUUAUUUUUUAUUUUAUUUUUAUCCGUAUCGAUUUUAAACCACACAAACAAGCAGGAGGUUGACUGACAGCUGGACCUGUGCGUUUUAGGUUUGCUGGCAGGUUGCGUAAUUUGUUUUUGUGUGUGCAAGCUGUCAGCCAAUGCUGGAUAACUUAUUAAAUUGUAAUUUAAAAACAUCUUAGUGGGGCUUUAGGUAGGUUUGCACUGUGGGUGUCAUUUUAAACGUUUAAUAUCUGUCAUUGUUUUUGCUUUGGUACAGUUUUAAUGUCAAGGGCAUAGGACAUGAGAUAAAAAGGACAACUUUUUACAGUAACCCAUAGGCCAAGUUAGCUGUUUGAUGCUCACACUCAUGAAUCUGGUGGAUUUAGAAGAAUAAGUAGAUAGGUAUGAAUUAGCAGAGCCGUCUGAAACGAGUGUGACGCGGUGCUGUGAUCUGGGAGAGACGAGCUGAGAAAGAGAGAGGGUCCCUCAGAGGGUCCCAUAGUGUCUUGAGGUGUGGUGAGCUGCCCCCCACUACUUGCCAAUGCUGGAUCUGGAGGUGGUGCCUGAGAGAUCACUAGGAAAUGAGCAAUGGGAAUUCGCCUUAGGGAUGCCAUUUUCCCAGGCCAUCUCUAUCCUUCAGAAACACUGCCGCAUCAUCAAAAAUGUCCAGGUGCUAUACAGUGAACAGACGCCACUCAGCCAUGACCUCAUACUGAACUUGACUCAGGAUGGGAUUAAACUGCUGUUUGAUGCCACAAAUCAGAGACUCAAGGUGAUUGAAGUGUAUGACCUGAGCAAAGUCAAGUUGAAAUACUGCGGAGUCCAUUUCAACUCUCAGGCCAUUCCCCCCACAAUAGAGCAAAUAGACCAGUCAUUCGGAGCCACACACCCCGGAGUUUACAAUGCUGCAGAGCAGUUGUUCCAUCUCAACUUUCGAGGGCUGUCCUUCUCCUUUCAGCUGGACUCAUGGAACGAGGCUCCAAAAUACGAGCCUAACUUUGCCAUGGGUUUGGCCUCCCUGCAGAUUCCACACGGGGCCAUGGUCAAGAGGAUGCACAUCUACACCGGCAACAACUUGCAAGAAACGAGAGCUCCUGCCAUGCCGUUGGCUUGUUUCCUUGGCAACAUCUUUGCUGAGUGUGUGGAUGUCCUGAGAGAUCGUGCCGGGCCUCUGGGGCUCAAACUCCGCCUUCUCACUGCAGGUUGCGGCCCUGGUGUGAUGACUGAUGCUAAAGUCAAGUCCUUAGAGAGAAACAUUUACUUUGGAGAUUCCUGUCAGGAUGUACUGGGUGCUCUGGGCUCGCCACAUAAAAUCUUCUACAAGUCCGAGGACAAGAUGAAGAUCCACUCUCCAUCACCACACAAGCAGGUUCCUUCUAAAUGUAACGACUACUUCUUCAACUACUUCACCCUCGGCGUGGAUAUCCUGUUUGACUCGACAACUCACCUGGUUAAAAAGUUUGUCCUCCAUACCAACUACCCAGGACAUUACAACUUCAAUAUAUAUCAUCGAUGUGACUUUAAGAUUCCACUAGUCAUCAAAAAAGAAGGAGCCGAUUCUCAGACUGAAGACUGCAUCUUAUCCACCUACAGCAAGUGGGAUCAGAUUCAAGAAUUGCUCGGUCAUCCGAUGGAAAAACCCGUAGUGCUCCACAGAUCCUCAUCAGCCAAUAACACCAACCCCUUCGGCUCAACUUUCUGCUUCGGACUGCAGAGGAUGAUCUUUGAGGUGAUGCAGAAUAACCACAUAGCGUCAGUGACCCUCUAUGGUGCUCCACGGACCGCCAGUCAAGCCCGACCCGAGUCCAGUAGUAGUUCCAAGUAACCAGAACAAGUAACCAGAACCACGUCCCACUCUGGCCUGUCCUAGUACUUCUACUGACUGAAUCUCUAAUCCAGAGCCAGAUUCUUAACCAAGCAGUCCUAACCGAACAAAGUUCUUGUUUGCCCAGCUCAGAUGCUACUCAUCGAACGGAGAAACCAUUAAAUCGCAACAUUUUCCCGACGGGUACUAAGACUUCCAUCCGAGCGCACCCAGCUAGCACAGUCGACCCAAAAAUCAAACAACGUGACUCCAGGACGGAAAAAGAUCUCGUGACUUGGUGGCGGUGUUGAAGAGAAACCGCUGAGGUGUUGUCUUGAUCGGCUCAACGAUCACAGUGGUCCUGAAGAAACGAGACGCGGCAAAGAAAUCCGCAUUCUGUCCCAUGUAUGUGUCUGAAUUCACCUGCUGCAAAUCUCAAAAAAGGUCAAAGCUUCAAGUCACUGAAUAUACAUCAACCGACCGACCCGACCGACCACACUGCCACACCAACCGGUACCGCCUGUCUUCCUGCCUCAGCUUCAGAACCAGAACCAGACCCCAGGCCUCAGUCCAAACCCGGCCACAUCCAAAAACCAGUCCAGCCCAGCUAAGAGCCAUCAGAGCCGCUGAAAGCUGCAGCCAUCCAACUCAGGGUUUGGAGAGAGGCACGAGGUCCGCUACGUCGCCCGCUUCGAACCCAACGAUCCCCAAACGUCCCAGAUCAUCUCCUCCCUCUUCAUCUUCCUCCUCCUCCUCUUUGUUCAGUGGCGCCCGCAUACACGCAAGCACACGCAGCCGCAGCAAACGCUCGUUAUCAGACCUGCAGCUGCCGUCCCUCCCAGUCGCUCUGGACGCGUCCGACCUGUCGCUCACACUCACGAAAUCGAGCCCUCUGCAUGUUGUGUUAGGUCGCUGACUUUUUAAAAACUCGACAGACUUUUAAUUCAAGCACAUUUCAAUCCCUCACUACUGCGCUCUCAUGUAUUUUCUGAUACAUGAGAGCUGGUUCGUCUGAUUUUUAUUUUUUUAGUUUUGCUUCAGCGAGAAGCAAACAGAGACAUGCAGGCAUGACGCAAAGAAUUUGCAUGAACUUGGCCCGGCCCCCCCUCCCCUUUUUUUUUUUUUUUGUGAAUGAGAGGAGACUUAAUGACAAGCACAAACUGACAGCCUGUUGUUUUGAUAAUAUCUUCCUGCAUGUUUUCUGACGGGCGUAGUAGACACACUUUUCUCGUUUUUCUCUCAACCUCCCCUCCCCAUCACAACCAUUUUCAUCGUGGUUUAAUUUCAUUUUAAAUCCAUUUGUACGUUUGCACUAAUACACACCCACUUUGUUUUACUUGAUUACCUGACUGAGCUCCGGACAGAUUGGCGGAGAUGACGUGUCUGCGUGUCUGUGAAUGUGCGUUUUAUCCAUACGUCUGAACAACAGCAGAAACAGAGGUCACCUCCCCCCACCCCCUCAAACCACAACCCCCACCUGACUGACGCAUUGCAAUUCAUCCCUUCAGCAAUGCCUGCAUUUAUUUCUUUGUGGAAUUGCCAAAUGCUACAGCCAAAGACGUUUCAGGAUGUUUUUUUCGUUUGACCUCAUCUCCCGUUUGAAACUUCUCCCAACAGAAAGAGAAACAGAGAUCCGCGAGUCUGUUUCGUUGCAUCGUUCGUCUCAAAGCUCGCACAUCCAAGUCGUUGCUGUGGUGAAGCCUCUAAAUUCAGCUCCUGGUGACUCCUGGUUAAUUGCGCAACGCGAAUAGCUGACUGUGAAAAGUGCCCGGUGCAUCCACCAGUUGUCUGGGUUUGAUUACAGCUAAACGUAACGGGGGGGGGGGGGGGGAGUAAAGAGGCAGUCGAGAUUGUCGUCAGUGAGCUGCAAUUUAAAGACCAUUAUUUCCUCCGUGGACUUAAACACGUUUCGAACCCCAUUUUGAAAAUGGGGGGAAGAGCUUCAGUCAUUCCGUCGUCAUCGUAACAUGUGACUGCAGUUUUUAUCGCCCUCCCAGUGUAUAAAUUCACAUCUUCUUCUUCUUUUUUUUUUAGCAAAUUAAUAAACCGUGUAUUAAUGUUAAUACACAUAUCGUUGAUUGUUCCUUGGCACUAAUGCCAUCUGUUUUUAUUUUCUCAUUUACUUUUAAUUGUUUGUACCAACAUGUGCGAAGGUUUCAGGGUUGAAGUCGGGGCCCGUGCAGUUCAGUGAAAUGAUACUUUUUUUUACGAUUUGCUUUCUGUUCAGGCUCGAGGAGUCGUUACUUGUUCUUUAUUUUUAUUUUUUUUUUGUCCUAACCCAAACCACGUCAUUCAUUUCUAGCGUCCUGUACAUGUUGACUGAUCACUGACUGAUCCCUCUUUCAAACCAAAAGCCAUCACAGCCCGUGCGUCUGUUUACAACCAGCGUUGUCCGAUUUUUCAAAAAAAAAAGCAAAUGGUGCGAAAUUCUCAUCGUAACGUCCAAAAAACCAUUAAUUUUCUGUCCGUUUUCAAUCGUUCUUUAACAAUUCCAACAACAAUCAGACAUUCACGCAUUCAGACUAUAACGCUUAUGGAGUUGAUGUGUAAAUGCUGUAAAUAGUUGUGCGCUCCUAUUCUACAUGUAACCCUUCCCCCCCUUGAUGAUGAUUUCCACCCCGGAGGAGAAAUAUCUGCUUACAGCAUUUUUAUUUUUAUUUUUAUUUUUUAAAACCACUGGAAUCGUCAUUGAUUUUUUUAUUUUAUUUUAUUUUAUUUUUUUAAAUUCCAGACCACUCAGUAUUGAAACUUUCUCAUGUGCAAUGCUAUGGCUGCAAGUAUAUACAGAUGUGUGUGUGGAGGUGGAGCGGUUCUUAGUUGCAAUAAUAGCAACUGAGCUGCAUCCACAUGAGCAGAGAUGAGAAUAGUGCUCAGCCUGGUGGAGACGGUUUUGUGGAGUGGAUAACAUCAGAUUUGGUUGCUUGGUUUCUUAAUUUCAAGAUUUAAUUCUUAAAAAUCGAGCAAAGUCGUGCUCCCAGGUGUUUUAAGAGCGAACGAACGUGCUCCCUUACUCCUGCUCUGGUUCGUCGUCCGAUAUGGAUGUAAAGUAACCGUCAUGAACGCUAUUAAUAUUUAAACAUUUUACUACCACUUGCUUUUGUGCAAGAGAAAAUCCAGUAGAAGAAGAAGAAGAAAACAAAAAAAACUGUUGAACAUUGUGCCUCAUCUCCCACCGAGCCUGUCUUUGACUUCCGUCUCUUAUCUCCUCUGUCAAAAAACAAACAAACAGAAAAAAAAAAGGAAUCUUCUUGUAAAUAUGAGAAUGCAUUUGAACUGCAUCCUUGUACAGUGCGUAUGUGUACGUGUCACUGAGCACUAGAAACAAGCCAGCGUGGUGUCAUGGCCGUCUCAGUCGUCGUAGGUGUCCUUUUUAUCUGCAGAGAGUGGCUGGGGUGGGUUUCCCAGAGCGAGCUUAUUCCUUAUUUUCUUAUUGGGUUUUUCCCCCUUUUUCGCCUCUUAGUCUUUUGUGCUUCGUUCCGUUUCCCCCCGGUUUAUCAACAACACUGGAAUGCAUGGUUGUGGCAUGAGAUAAACAGUUGAAUGUGCGGAUUUGAAUCGAAUCCUCCGCCUGCUGCUGAAUUUUGGAGAAGUCGGUCAUGUCUUUGCUAAACUGGAAGCAGUGAGUGAAGCUUCUUUAAUCCAGUUAUUUUACAAACAGACUUGCGCACUACACACGUUCGAUGCUUAGCUCUCGGUAAACCCACCCCCCCCCCGGCCGCUGCUGUGAUGCUGCAUUGAGAUACAGAGAGAAAGGGGCUGUAGGUUGCUGGGUAGUCGAUCUCACCCGAACUCAGGUGGACAUAUCACAUCCUUGUUUUUCUAAAGUUUUUAAGAUAGAAAAACAAGUGGACAUUUUAUUCUGGAGGUCUGUGUGCGGCUUUUAUUAUUAUUGUUGUUUUUUUUUUUUAUUGUUUUGUUGAAUGGAGGAAUGAGUGAGGAUCAGAUUGUUGUAAUUUAUAACGGGACAGCUUCAGUUUUAAGUGUAACGAUAAUCUCAUAUUAACGCUUUGUAUCGUCCGUUCUUGGCAUCAUACAGUAUGUUCCGUUGUCCGUCUCCCUUUCUCCUCUCAGAAUAUUUUUUUUUCUUUUUUUUUUUUGUGGACAUUUUGAGCCCAUUUCUGGAAAUGGGGCGGUUCUACUUAAUUGUGAAAUUCAUUGGAAUGUGGCGUUUUAUAUAUUUUGAAUACUAUAACUUUGUGUAUGAAGAGUAGAUUUAUCCAGCAUGUCCACUGACAAAAAAUUAAAUAAAAAAAAUAAAAAAAAGGCAAUAACAAUACCAUGUAGUGCGAAGAGAGGGAUUGUGUUGACUGAACGCUUUGCUCCAGCAGAUUACUUUUAACAGUGUUUUAUGAUGGUUGUUGAGAUGUGCUCCCGUCUCCGACAAACCGUCCAGUUGCAACAUUUGGACAUUUAUGAACUCAAACUCUCACUGUUCAUUGACAUCGAAGAUCAUUUUCUGUGUGUGCAACCAGGAUAUGAAAAAAAAAAAACUAAUAAUAAUAAUAAAAAUGUGGAUGUGAAAA